AUGUUCUCACGAGCCGUCCCUUCAUUACGCACCGCCACCCGUCUCGCUCGGCCAACAGCAGCAGCGGCGGCACCCCUCCCAUCUCGCCCGAUCGCCGCUGCAUCAUGGCGGGCCUACUCUGCAUCAAGCGAAGCGGAAAAGCCAGCCGCAGCAGAUGAGGCUGGGAAGCCGAAGAGCGCAGAGGCGGAGAAGGUCAAGGAGCUCGAGGGAAGAAUACAGGAGCUUGAGAAAGACCGGAAAUAUAAGCAAGCGGAAAUCCAAACCCUCUCCCGUCGAAUCGAGGAAGAACGCCGCAAAGCCUCUGACUUCGCCAUCUCCAAAUUCGCCCUUUCCCUCCUCUCCACCUCGGACGUCCUGUCCACCGCGCUCGGGCACGUCCCCAAGCCCGUCGAGCCCGGAACACCCCUCGCUUCGCUGGUCUCGGGUGUAGAGAUGACGCAAAAGGCCAUGUGGAAGACAUUUGAGCAGAACGGGGUGGUCAAGAUGGAUAUUGGGCGCGGGACGGAGUUUGAUCCGAAUGCGCACGAUGCGGCGUUCCAGGUGCCCAAGGAGCAUGCGGGGGAGAAGGGGGAUGGGAAGCAGUGGGGGCCUGGAGAGGUCGUGGAGGUUAGGCAGGAGGGGUGGAUGAUUGGGAAUAGGGUGUUGAGGCCGGCGCAGGUCGGGGUGACGCAAAUAGAGUAG